CAAUGGCAUUUUAAGAGCCAUGUCCUUGGCUAUUUAAUCUAGCCUCUUUUGAUUUGCAUCAUAAGGAAGGCUUAGAUAUUACUCUUAGUAAUUUAGCAUUGUUAGAAGAGGCAACGAAUAAAACAGAGGAAAAGCUACGUGAUCGUGUAAAUUUAGUGAAACAAAGGAUUCAACAAUUAGCAGAAGUAUUAUUAAAUUCAAUAGUGAUAGAGAAUAAAUGUUUGUAAUGCUAAGUUAAAUCAUCUUUAAAAUUGUCCUUAAGCAAUAGUAUUUCAAUCCCCAAGUAAGUUUGUAAAGAAAUAUGAAUUUGAUCCUACAAAUAAACAAUCCAUAUUUUCAGAAUGUUAUAAUAAACCAAUUAUUCCAAUAUAUGAACCUUAUAAAUAUAUAAGAUUGGCAAACGAACAAGGGUCUUAAGGGAAAGCCCCUGAUAAUAUUGAUAGAGUAGCUACAAUUCAGAUGGCAUAUGGAAGAUUUACUUAGAAAGGAAAAACUAUAUUUGAAGGAGAAAGAGCUUUAGCAAAGAGAUAAAUAUAAGGUUAUGGAACUGUUCCAAGAAAACUUAAAAAUGUAGAUAGUUUAUUAGUUUUUAAUUAAUUGAUAAAUCCAUAUACUCAUCAUACUUUUGAUGCUCGUGAAAUAUUUCCAGAACCAGCAGUAUGAAAAUAAUAAUAAUAAAUUAGAAACCAGAGAAUAAAAGGAAAAAGUAAUAAGAAGAGGAAGAAUAAGUAACAAUGGCAGAUGCACCAAAUACAAUAGGAGAAACCAUAACAAAGUAUGGAGAAGAAUCAUAUUCUUAUGUUCCAUCAAAUAAACCAAUAGCACAAUUAAAAGUGGAUGCAAAACUUAAUUUAGCAGGAAUUGUUGACUAUGAUCCAGAUAAUGAUGAUAUUGACUUUUUUAAUCCAUCAACUUAAUAGAGAAAUAAGAAACCCGUAGCACCUAGUAUUGCUCCUGCAUAACAAUCUCAAUAACUUUAAUAAACAUAAUAAUAGUAAUAAUAAUAAUAAUAAUAAUAAUAAUAAUAUUAAUAAUAAUAAUAAUAUUAAUAAUAAUAAUAGUAGCAAUAAUAUUAAUAAUAAUAAUAAUAUUAGUAAUAAUAAUAAUAAUAAUAAAUACAAUAACCUCCACCAUAAUAAUAAUAAAAUAGAGCACCUCCUCCUCCUCCACCACCUCCUCCAACAGGUGCCCCUCCACCUCCACCUCCACCUCCCCCUCCUCCUCCUCCUCCACCUCCUCCUGGUCCUCCUCCUCCUGGAUAAUUACCACCUCCACCUGCAGGUGCUAGAGCUAGGCUUCUAGAUGAUUUAAAUACUGAUAAUCCUUUAGCCAGAUUAAAACCUGUUAAUAAAAAUAAAGCAGCAGCAGAAUAACCUAAACCAUAAAGCAAAGCACCUGAAAUGAAUCACAUGGAUAUUUUGAAAUAAUAAAUUGCUUAAAGGUUAAAAUUAUAUUAUAAAAUUUAUUUAGAUAUUAAGAUUUGAAUAGAUAACCAACCAGAACAACUAAAACAAUGAGAACAUAAAUCAUUGGAUAGAGAAUGGAUGAUAGCGAUUAUUCUGAGCAUAGCGAUUGAAUAAUUUAUCAUAAAAUUA